AUGCGCGAAAACUCUAAACUCACCCUCUCUAACCUCUUUAGUGUAGAGGACAUGGUCUGUGUCGUAACUGGUGGCGGUACAGGUAUUGGCCUCAUGAUCACUCAAGCGUUUGCCAACAAUGGAGCGAGGGUGUACAUAACCUCUCGACGACAAGACGCUUUGGAGCAGGCCGCCCAAAGGUGGGGUUCUUCCCUUAGCCAUCCUAAGGGCAGAAUCGUUCCUAUCGCUUGUGAUGUUACAUCCAAGGAGUCCAUUCAGCACCUCGUUAUGGAGGUUGGGAAGCAUGAGAGUCACGUUGACGUGCUUGUAAACAACGCAGGUUACGCAGGCGAUGAGCUGAACACCGACAAAGGCGACUUCUCUGCUGAAGAGCUAUCUCAGGAGCUUUUCAGUCAGGAAAUGGAGGAGUGGGAGCAGGUAUACCGGACGAACGUUGCAAGCUACUUCUUUGUGACAGCUGCAUUUAUUCCACUGCUCAGUGCUUCUACGAGAGGCGAAGAAGGAGACAAGUACAGAUCUACGGUGAUAAAUAUUUCGUCUAAUGCCGGACUGACUCGACUCGCUCAGAAGCGCUUUCACUAUACGGCAUCGAAGGCUGCCACCAUACAGUUAUCCAAUCUCCUCGCGCACGAGUUUAGGAGAAGCGCUGUCCAGAUCCGAGUAAACAACAUCGCUCCGGGACUUUUCCCUUCCGAGAUGACCACCGGUGAUUCUAACCAGGGCAACAAGUCAACCAUACCCACAGACUCUGACAGAAUGAAGAGAAACCAGGUUCCUGCAGGUCGUUCCGGUCGCGAGGAGGACAUAGCCCAAGUUGCCAUCAUGUUCGCCGUAAAUCAGUAUCUUUUCGGACAGACUUUGGCGAUUGAUGGUGGCUGGCUACUAGAGCACCCUUGA